ACGUUUCCCCAAGAAUGUGAAGGUGGGUCGUUUUGCGAUAUUCAGGAAAUUGUAAUUUUUCUAUUUAUCUCAGAGUAGAGAUUUACAAAUGUAUUUCGUUUUUUUUCUUAGCGUGCUUACACUUCUAAGAACUCUUUGAAUGGUUCACCAUUCAACAUAAUGAUGACGAGAAAACCCAACCAACCUCAACCCCCAAAGAGAAGAGGAAAGGUCCGUGCUAGUGCCAGUGGGCAAAUUGACUCACUGGACAACAAUACCAUGACUGACUCAGAGACAGUUCCUCCAUCACAAAAGAGGCACCUGACCAUGAUGCAGCAUGGCGAAAACCUCCUCAAGUUUCUAAACGAGGACCGAACGAAGCAGAGGUUCUGCGACGUCUCCAUCAGUGUGGGCGGGAAGAGCUACAGGGCCCACAAAGCCAUGUUGGCGCACGGUAGCAGCUACUUCCACGCCGAGCUGACCAAAAACCCAACCGCCGAUCACGUGAUUCUCGACCACGUGGAGGAUUCCGUGUUCCAACACUUACUGCACCUCCUUUACACGGCCGAGUGCGUCAUUCCCGAGAGCGAGGUCCCUGCCCUGACUGAAGCGGCCGGCUUCCUGGACAUGAUGGAUGUAGUGAAGCUCCUGGCAGGAGAGGGGGAUGGCCGGCCAGCGCUUGCCCGAGUGGAGGUUAAGUCCGUGGGGGAACCAAGCUCAGAGAAGACCUCUAUAGCUUCUGACCUUCCAUCGGACUGUGUCGGGGUCCAAAGCCCAGUCCAUUCUGGUGCCCACCAUUGUUUGUUCUGCAGCCGCACGUUUUGCUACAAGAAGUCUCUGGAGAACCAUUUAAACAGGAACCACAGUAGCAACACCGAAGUAGACGUCAGAGAAAAGGUGGUCAAUCAAGAGGUUACUACCAUGGUAACCACGACCCGGAGGUCUGCCCGCAGGAGGAGAGUUCCCGCUAAAUUGGAGAGAGGGGACGCGGACAUCUCCGGCGCAACAGAGGGGACGCUACAUCAAGACCCCGCUAGUCGAGACCCAACCACCACAGAGGAAGACGACGAGGAAGAAGAAGAAGAAGAUGGGAGAAAACCAAAGCACAUAUCCGACACAGGAGAUGCACUCACCCCAACCGAGGGUGAGGAGGCGGAAGAGGAGAGGGAGGAGGAGAUGGUGGAGGAACGUCAAAGUGCGUUAGUACGGAGAGCAAGAGAGAGCGGUGAGAGUUCAGAGGUGGAGACAACAGAACACCACACAGUCAAUGAGGUGGAGGUAUAUAGUCAGGCUGCCAAUGGUUCUAACUAUGGAGCAGUGUACCCAGAGGGACUGGCUCCUGUCAUCAUCCAGAGCGUAAGCAAGAAGACGCUCAAGUGCCCCAAGUGUGACAAGACCUUUGACCGCACAGGGAAGUAUGAGAGUCACACCAGGGUACACACGGGAGAGAAGCCCUUCCAGUGUGACGUGUGUCUGCAGUGUUACUCCACCAAGUCGAACCUCACUGUACACAAGAAGAAGCACGCCAGUGACGCCCCCUUCCAGAAGAAGGACCACAAGUGCUCCUUCUGCAACAAGCUCCAUGCCAGCAAAAAGACCCUCGCCAAACACGUCAGAAGGUUCCACCCGGAUCACAUUCAGGAGUUCCUGGCCAUGAGGAGGAAGAAGAACGAUGGAUGGAAGUGUGAUAUCUGCCACAAGUCUUUCACACGUAGACCCCAUCUGGAGGAGCACAUGAUUCUACACACGCAAGACCGACCCUUCAAAUGUGCCUUCUGCGACGACUACUUCAAGUCCAGGUUUGCCCGCUUGAAGCAUCAAGAAAAGUACCAUUUAGGUCCGUUCCCAUGUGACAUCUGUGGCCGCCAGUUCAACGACACGGGUAACAGGAAGAGGCACAUUGAAUGUACACACGGGGGCAAGAGAAAAUGGACCUGCUUAAUCUGUGGGAAGUCAGUGAGGGAGAGGACAACGUUGAGAGAACAUUUGCGGAUUCACAGCGGAGAGAAACCUCACCUCUGCAGUAUCUGUGGACAGAGUUUCCGCCACGGCAGCUCUUAUAGGCUUCAUCUUCGAGUCCACCACGACGACAAGCGCUACGAGUGUGACGAAUGCGGAAAGACGUUCAUACGCCACGACCAUCUGACCAAACACCAGAAGAUACACUCGGGGGAGAAAGCCCACCAGUGUGAGGAGUGUGGGAAGUGUUUCAGACGUCAUGAUCACCUGACUGUCCAUUACAAAAGUGUCCACCUGGGAGAGAAGGUGUGGCAGAAGUAUAAAACAGCUGUGCAUCAGUGUGAGGUCUGUAAGAAGGAGUUCAAAGGGAAGUCCAGUCUGGAGAUGCACUUCAGAACACACUCAGGUGAAAAACCUUACCGAUGCCCCGUGUGCCAACAGACGUUCCGCAUUAAGAAGACCCUCACCAAGCACAUGGUGAUCCACUCGGAUGCCCGCCCCUUUAACUGCCCGCACUGCAGUGCCACCUUUAAGAGGAAGGACAAGCUGAAGUAUCAUAUGGACCAUGUACACGGUGCUAAGUCCACUGAGCAGCAGCAGCACCACCAGCAGCAGCACCGCCAGCAGCCUCCCGUGGUGCUGACAGAGGAUAAGAUGGUGACUCUGCCUUAUAAUACCCACGGCCCCUCCAAAGUGUACCGGGCUGAACCCAAGACCGUUCUCCAGAAUGUCCCCUCCGAUGUGUGUGUGCCUGUCACGCUGGUGCCCGUCCAGAUGCCCAGGGUGGUCUCGGGGGUACAGGGUGACCUGAGGGGACACGUAACCUGCUCACCCCAAGGUCAGGGGCAGCAGCAGACAGCUGGGGGGUACCAGACUGCCACAGAGCUGGCGUUCCUGGAGAAGUACACGCUUACCCCCCAGCCGGCCAACAUUGUUCACCCGGUGCAGCCUGACCAGAUGUUGGACCCCAGGGAUCAGUCGUACCUGGGCACCCUGCUGGGCCUGGACUCUGCCACCCCCGUCCAGAACAUCUCCAACUCGGACCACGUCGCCCAUUGAUAAUGCCUUUCUAUACUUCUCUUUUGGCAAAAUUUUAUUUAAAGGGUACCGACAUAAGGACAUUAUAACACAUUUAUAACCCAUACAGUACACAUUUAUAACCCAUACAGUACACAUUUAUAACCCAUACGAAACUGUAUGAGCCCAUAGAGGUAACGUUUAUUUGAAGGGUGCGGUUGUUAACAUAAGCAUUCACAAAAUGCUCUUGCCCUGCUUAUGCAUGGCUUAUGUAUAGUUUAUGAAUGGGUUAUGAAUCUGUUAUGAAUGGGUUAUGAAUCUGUUAUGAAUGGGUUAUGAAUCUGUUAUGUAUGGGUUAUGAAUCUGUUAUGAAUGGGUUAUGAAUGGGUUAUGAAUCUGUU